AUGGAACAACAUAUUGGUGCUUACCUUCAUGUAAUAAAUCGUAAUCAGCUUUCAGACGGUACACAAGUAUUACAUGUGACGGAAUUACCGCCACCUUAUUCAUUGAUUGACGGAGAACAACAAGAACAUCAUCAUCAAUCUAUUGAUAAUGAUUGGAAGGAUGAAAUUAUUGAAAUUAAACCAAUGCAAGAUAAUUUGAAUAGAUAUGGUUUCACCAUCAGCGGCGGUAUUGAUAGUGAAUAUGGUCGAGCAAUUGUAAUUACACAAAUUGAUCAUUGUUCAAAAUCAUCGUUGGAUAAUGGUCGAACUAAGCUUCGCUUUUUUGAUCGUAUACUUUCGAUAAAUAACAUCAAUUUAACUUAUGCAACUCAUGACAAAGCUGUUCAAGCAUUCUCUUCAGCUCAUGGAAAACCUCUUUCACUUCAUAUUCGACGUUUAAAUCCUGUACAUAUCGAAUAUAUUGAUGUAGUCUUGCCGACUGACGUAUUGAAUCAAUCGCUUGGCAUCAAUAUUAUUGGUGGAUUAGAUGAAAAUGAUGAAGAUUCUGGUUUAUUUUUAACUUAUAUCGAUCCAAAUGGUCUAUUAGGAUCAACUAUUAAAAGGAAUCAACUUCGUGUCGGUGAUCGUCUUUUAGAGAUCAAAACAAAUUAUACUAGUGCUAAUUUGCAAUGGGUAACACAUGCGAUGGGUGUUAAAUUGAUUCAACGGAUCUGUCAAGAUCAUAAACGUAUCACACUCAUUGUAGCUCAUCGAAAUUUAACUUAA